AUGGAGAAGUUGGGCUCUGAAUUGAGUGCAAUAUGGAUGUCUUGUCGUUCAACAUACACUUGUAAGAGCGAAAAUCACAAAAAGGAAAAGGUUUGUUGCGAAUCAUGUAGAGACGAUCGCAGUUAUUUGAAGAAGGCGCAGGAACUGUUGGCGUCAGAAAAAGACCGUCUCCUUCGCCUAGCGAAGGAGCGCUCCGAGCAAAAAACAAGGAUGGAAGACGAGCGAGCUCGGCUGGAAGCCGAGCUUGUUGGGUUGAUGGAUUUUUAUAGAGAGCAAAUGAAGGAGGAAAUCCUCGCUCGAAACAGUCUAAGUGACAUGAAAUUUAGCUAUUUCGCAGGAAAAAGAAUCGAGCAAGACUAG